AUGUCUUCUUCCCACGAAGAUAUCGAGAAACCCUCUACUGCACAUGUCUCUCCAAAACUCCAUGCGCAGGAUCUUGAUCUUGAUCGCUUGGGGGAGACAGAAGGUUAUGUCCUCUCUGCCAACACCUUCCACCUAGAAGACCAAGCCGAAGCAAACCUCAAGCUCGCUCAGGAUGGUAAAACAAUACUCAUCCCACACCCUAGUGAUGACCCAACUGAUCCUCUGAGUUGGAGCCAGGUCAAGAAGCAUGUCAUCCUCCUUGUAGCUUCGGCCUGUGCCUUUCUUCCACGAACAUGCCCACAAAAUCAACAGCUGGACCUUCUUUUGCGUGCUCUCCCCUUAUUUCGGUCCACUGUUGGCAGCCUUCAUCACCUCCACCCAGAAAUGGCAGUGGGCCUUCGAUGUCUACACGAUCGAAACCGACCUAUGUUUCCUGGCGGUCAUCUUCUUUGGAGAGGAGACAUACUAUAA